AUGGCAGAGCUGAAAGAGCCGGCGCAUUCCAACCUUUGGUCGAACUAUGGAAGCCCCGUCCAAAUGUCGUCUCGAUUCAACAACAGCCUGGAUUCCGGCCUCGGAAGCCACUCCUCCAACUCGCCACAUGCGGGACGCCCAAGAAGCACCCACCCGAGUGUAGACCACGGAUCGUACCCCUACGGUCGCUACCCCCAGGACGAGUCGGAUGCGUACGACCGACACUCGCAUCCAAGCUUGACCUCCCACCACAGCUUCCCCAACCUCAAGAGACCCUACUCGCAGACCGAGCAGCCUCCGUACCAGGAGAUUGUUCAGGAUCCGCGGGACGACGGCUCCAAGUUGACCGUCAACCAUGACCACAAGCUUCUCUCAUUCAAGAGAGUGCAAGACAAGCACACCAUCGUCGACCAGCAUGGCCGGAUGCAGCAGCUGGAGCUGUCCGCGCAGCUUCAUGGAAUGUUUUUCCUGUCCGAAAUGCCCUCCAACAGCACCGACGGCUCCAUCCUCCAGCCCGAGCUGACAUGCUACCGACGAAAUCUCUUUCAGAUCAGCGGUUCUCUGAUCACCCCGCGAGGCCAGCUCUCCGUCAUUACCGAGACCGGCGAGACUGUACCCGUCAGCAACACCGAAGUAACCAUCUCCGCAAUCGAGUCGGUCGACGGCCAUCCCGUCCGACUCAUCGUUAUCCCGUGGAAGACACCCCCACCCAACUCCCCUGAGAUCACCCAGAACCCGGACCAGGAGCCAGCAUCACUCCCCUUGAUCCCUUUCCAAGACGAUGGCAGCGAGGCCGAGGGAGAGUACGCAGUAUACCCCAUUGGUUGGCGCCGGCUGCAGUUUAGAAUCGCAACGGCAAACAACGGGCGCCGGAAGGAACUCCAGCAACACUUCGUGCUUCACCUCAAGGUUGUUGGAACCUUGGCCAGCGGCAGCAAAAUCGUGCUUACCGAAGCGACAACCGCGCCCAUCGUGGUACGUGGCCGCAGUCCUCGCAACUUCCAGGCCAGAAAAGAGAUCCCCCUGCUGGGGUCCAGCGCCGGCUCCAGAGGCCAAGCGUUGGUUGAGACAGGAUUGGGCAUCGUGGCAGGGCCAUUGGCCAUCAAGCCGCAGGAUGCCAAAGCAAGAGGGUUGGACAUGCAGAUGCCCCGUUCUGCCUUCACGUUCAGCGCAGGAGGUCCGAAGAUGCCAGGAGCGCCGAUGGGAGCCAUGAGAUCCAACUCGUAUCCCAACUGGUCGUCCUCGAACCCCGUCCCCAUGUCGCAGCUACCGCCGGCUGGCUCGGGAAGCUACCCAGCGACCACGAUGGGAGCAGAGCCCUACCACAAAGUUCCGCUGUCAGGCGGAACAAGCUUCAGCGGAGAGCCCCAAGACAUGCCACUGCAAACAUCGAUGCCAUCGGUGCAGCUUUCGUUGGUGGCAAACGACCAGCAUCAGCCUCCCAUCAGGACUCAGUAUGCCUAUGUGCAGAGCACGACUGCCCCGCCGCCCUUGUCGGUGUCAGCCACAGCGAUGGCAUCGAGCUCGGACAACGCCCUCAACGUGCCGAGAUACGUCGACAAUUCCCGGCCAACCAAGAGCCCCAGGCAUGCUAGCCAGCCAUCGAUUGGCUCCAUGUCCCACCACGAGGCCUCUCCCGAAUACCGAUAUGGUUCUUCGUACGGCGCCGUCGGCAACAACCCCAGCGAUAUUGCGCCGCCAUCCUACAAGACUGAGGCGCCCGCGCCGCACUCCGGCCCCGCUCGGGACUACUACCCGCCUUCGAGCUCGUGGACAACGACAGCCAGUGAGCCUGCGUCGACGGUGGCAUACAGUAGCAGCGAGGGACGGCCAUACGGUUUCCCCGACCAAUACUCGAGCGGAGGCUCUGCGCCGACACCCAAGCAGGAUCACGGACCUGCGCCGCCAGCUCCCGGGUCAUACAGCAGCGCCCACCGGGGAUCGUUUGACGGCAUGAACCAUUACUCCUGGAACGCUAAUUAG